AUGGCGACAACAGAAGCAAAAAAGCAGCCGCUGCUCCUUAUCACCUACCCGCGAUCGGCCUCAAAUCUCUUGGUGAAGAUUGUCAAUCUGCCCGAGCAGCAGCAGGCUGUCUCGAGAGAGAGCGGGGGAUACUUUUUCUUUCCUGCGGCCGCGAGCAUGAAUCGCGCUGGUUUUCUGUACCAGCCAGGGGCAGAAUGGAAGGAGAGCGAGACCGAGGAGCUGCGGAAAGAGUAUCAAGCCUGCUGCGAUGAGCUUCAGAAACUGCUCGACGAGGCUCGGCAGCAAGACAAGAUGGCCGUGACAAAGGAGCAUGCGCCUUUCCUCAUGUCCCCCAUCGCUGUGUCGGAGUUUCUCCAUGGUUCGCAGACCGGCGUCGCGCCAUGGAAGGUAGAUGUAUCGGAGAGAUACCGCGACACCAAGUGUCCGCCCGGCUUGCAACCCAAUCCUUCUGUUCUCCCGGAUGAGUUCUUGCUGCAGUGUCAACCUGCUUUCCUGAUCCGACAUCCUGCCCUGGCAUUUCCUUCGUACUACCGCCUUGUCCUGUCUUUCUGUGACGGCGACAUGGCCAAAGUGGAGGCCGAAAUGGUGCCCUAUAUUGCCAUUGCCUGCACGCUCCGGUGGACGAGGCAGCUCUAUGACUGGUAUGCAGACGCAUGGGCAGCGCUGCGGCUUGAAAUCAAGAAUCUUGUCAUCCUGGAAGCUGAUGACAUGCUUCAAAAUCCUGCGGUGAUCUUGCGCUUCUGCGAGCUCGUCGGCCUUGAUCGGGAAAAAGUGCAGUUCCAUUGGGAUCCUUUGACCAAGGAAGAGCAAAGCGCGAACCCUGAUCGAAGGCUGGGUCCGAGCCGCCAUGCCUGA